ACAUUGCAUUCAUAGCCUCGUAUCAUUGCCUACCUACUAUUUGAAGUGUCGGUACGCGCGCUUACCAGGUAGGUAGUCGUCCCCUUCAUUAUGGAAAACCAGUCCGCUGUCCAUAGACAUUAUGCAAUUCUAAUUGGCAUCGACGCUUAUCCGAUAAAGCCCCUGAGGAGUUGCGUACGAGAUAUUCGCAUGAUAAAGGACUUACUUGACGAGAAACUAGAUUCCGUUGAAAUCCAAACCAUCGCGGCAAGUGGAAGCGAUGACCCCCACCGUGGUGCAGAAUAUGCCCCAACUCACGACAAUAUAAUCUCAGCCAUUGAAAACGUCAAGUGUAGAGCAAAACGAGGCGACUAUGUCUAUAUUCAUUUCUCUGGUCACGGGACUAGAAUGAAUCACCACUUGAAAUACUCAAAUCAUUCGACUGGAGACUUAGCAUUAGUUGUCCUCAAUAAGAAACGUGACGGCAACGACUUUCUAAGAGGUCCCGAAUUGGCUGGUCUGCUCAAGGCGAUGGUUGAGAAAGAAUUAGUCGUUACUCUCGUCCUAGACUGCUGUUUUUCAGCAAGCGUCUACCGCAAUGACGACGGAGAUGUUCGAUAUCUUCCGUACGAUCGCAUAGUGCCGCAGCCGUACCUAGCAGAUCAGGAGAGCGGCCUCGUAGAAGAGGCCUCUCGUUCUACUCACAGGGAUGCGUCUAUGCGAGACAACUGGCUCCUAGAUCCAGGCCGAUAUGCCAUACUUGUCGCAUGCGGACCCCACGAAAAUGCCAUGGUAGGGUCCGAAAUAGAGAAGAAUGGGAAAUUGUACGGAGCUCUAUCCUUCUUCCUGUCUAAAACUUUAUCUAUAUACGGAUUAGGGGGCAGACACAUGGAUAUUCACCGUCACCUGUGCGCUAUGUACGAGGAACAGCGCCAGCAACAGCGCCAGCAACAGAACCAGCAACAGCGCCAGGACCAACAUCCCGUCUUCUAUGGGAACGGGGAUCAGGGUUUCUUCAACCCGGCCGAUACGACUCGUGUUGUGAGAUCGAUCCCCGUGGUCGAAAGCAACGGAGGUUUUCAGCUGCUAGCAGGCCGCGCGCAUGGAAUCUGCAAUGGCGACAUGUUCUCUGUGUCUGCCCCGGCAUCGCAAGGUCGUCUUAGUGACAGGGGGAGUUAUGACGUUAAGGUCACCCGUGCCGGGGGUUUUACAUCUGAGCUGUCGGGGUUUCCACGUAAUAUUCAGACAGGUUGGGUUGCAAAACCACUGAUUUGUUCGUCUCUUGCACGUUUUCCAAUCCGAUUGGUAUGCGAUAUCCCACAAGAUGAAUGGCUGGCGAAGUUGAAGAAACGAUCUCUUGCCCCAAUCGAAAUGAACCAAGCCCCGGUAUUCCAGGUCGUGCUGAGAGAUGACGACAAAUAUGAGGUCCUGAACGAGACAGAUCAGGUGAUCACCCACCUGCCAACCAUGGUGCGGAACCAAACUGAUGCUGACCGCAUCUGCGAAAUUUUAGAACACUUAGCUAUGUUCAAGAUGAUCAAAGGCUUGGCUAAUGAGUCGGUUACAGCUGCUUUCCAACAAUCAUUUGACAUCAAGAUACUCAGUAAUGAGAAACAGUUUGGCCCAGAAGAACAUAUAGAGGUACGGCAUAACGACAUCGUGGAAGUGGUGAUGAAAAACACGGGGCAUCAAGUUAUAUACGCCCACUUGUACGACUUGGGUCCUUGUUGGAACGUGGAGAAUAUCCUCCAUGCCAUCUACGAGGCUAUCCCCCCAGAGAAAGCUCCAUCCGAUACCGACAUAGGAUUCAAGGGGUGUUCUACUAGGAAGAUUAGGAUGACAGUUCCUCAUGUAGAACAAGACUCAUGCGAAGAUACUAUCAAGAUCUUCGUCACAUCUCAGCCGACAUCAUUCGAUUGGCUAGAGCUACCCAAGCUUGGCGAGCCAGGAAGGGGGGAUGUUGAAGAUGUGAUCAGCCAUCGUAACAAUUUACCAGAUGAUUGGAUGGUUUUGAAUUUUCCUAUUCGCAUAUCGCGGUAAACUUCUGGAACAAGUUGACAGAGUUUAUUUCUUCGUUGUUGGUUCGGUUAUCGCUUUUCAUACCCUGUUGUAGGACUCGAUUGGUAGCACGGGCUAUGCUGUUGCUCACAUAGACGACGGAUUGGCUAUCAAGCAGCUCAUUCGUAAUGGUAAGAUCGAUAUUUUUGGUUAUAACUAGAUACCUAUGUAGAGCUUUUAUCAAAUUAGCUAGGUAUUUGACUCAAGAAAGAUUCGGCUGUAACCCGUUUUAUUUCUUUCCUUUCUCUCUCUUUCUAGCAAUCUUAAGUAUUAGAAAUAUAACAAUUUGGCUUAAUGAUAUGUAAUACUUCGUACGUCCAAGUCAUUCAGAUCCGCAUAAUCCCCAUUCCAGAUCUAGCACAGACGGGUUUAAGCAUCCUGGCGGAUCUUCUUCAAUCAGGUACUACCUAGGUGAAUACGAUUGAGAAUAUCGGAAUAUUGAGCACUAGGUACCUGGGUAGCAGAAAGGUUAAGAGGAUAAUAUCUCGUAACCAUUAUAUAAUGUUGUUGAAGU